UUUUUUAUGGAGACCCACGCCUGACAUGACAUCUAUUGAAGAUGCUAUCGGCACUAAAGUAGCGUGGCCUGCUGACAAGGUUGUAUUGGAAAAUAUCUCAAUUAACAAUGUGGAAUCUACAAACAUAUCAUCUCCUUCGAGUGUGAACAACUCAAAGAAAAAGUGCAACUUGUUAGAUAUUGGUGGCUCGGGAAAGAUAGUUGCUGAAGGACAUUGGUCUUCAAGUGAUCCGAACCAGGUUGUUCACUUCGUUCCUUUAGGUCCUAAUGCUAUGCGUGUUUGGGUUGAUAUCCCUAGGAUCCCUAGUGCAUCUCUUUGGAGGCCGACAUCUGAGUUAGAAUGCAUUGAAGAUGCCGUUGGUACGACAAUAGCUUGGCCGUCAGACAAAGUUGUUAUGCUUUGAAAAGCUGGUAAGUU